UUUAUUAAACAUAUUCUUCAAUUAAAAAUGACAGUCAAUAUAAUGUAUACAUGGAGGUUGGACUUAGGUGGUGGAGCUGGCUCUAGAUCUCUUAUUAAACUUGCUGCUUCUGACCAAACUAUAAAUCCGCCAGGUUAUCAUCAAGGGUAUAUUGUUUCCCAACAGGUUGAAACUGUCUCUAAGAACGAACAACAACAGCAACAUUUAUUGAAUAAAAGAGCUUGGGAUGUUGCUUUGGGACCAUUGAAGGCUUUACCCAUGAACAUGUUUAUGAUGUACAUGGCUGGAAACACAAUAUCCAUAUUUCCAAUAAUGAUGGUUAUGAUGAUGGUUUGGAGACCAAUAAAAACACUUUUGUCGGUAAAUGCAACAUUCAAAGUUAUGGAGCAAGAAUAUGGUUCUUCUUUGAUUUUACACAAAAUUGUUUUUAUUUUGGGAAAUUUGGGAGCAGUUGCUUUAGCAGUUUAUAAAUGUCACACAAUGGGGUUAUUGCCAAAUCAUGAAUCUGAUUGGUUGGAUUUUAUGUCUGAGCCGGAAAGAUUACAAUUAUCUUUAUCUUUUGAUAUUAUUUAA